AUGACGGAUCUGGACGAGUUCGACGUGCAGAGGGCUGAAGCGGUGUGGCUCAACAACAACCAGCACAAUCUUCUCAAACGAGGUCGACGCCCAGCACAAACUUUUAAACGCAACGGUGGACAAAUGAAAUAUAAAUAUCAAGGUGGGAAGACAACAGGCCAAGGGGUGGGAGGAGUGAGGGUCAGGGCAAACUUGGCGGCAAACGAUGAAGGAGAGGGAAACACGAGUGAGCACGAAACGAGCAGCGACGGCGCGAGGAAGAAACUAAGCAGCAUCAAUGAGCCUCACUUUGGAGACGAGGCCAAUGAGUGUUCCCAAGAGCUUUUGCUCGCGGAACUCGAUGGCAAACAUAUAUAUAUCAAUUUAUCAGAAUCUCUUAAAAGUUCUGUGACUUCGCGGAUUGUGGCUCUUUUCACCACCAACGCAAUCAAGUUUAUCCGCCUCCAGGCUCCAGCUCUAUGA